CAUGGAAUCGUCUGUGUUUGGUUGCUUCCUGGCCGCUGACUCUGCUAUAUACAGUGUCUCAAGGAAUGUGACGACGACAAGAGAAACGACAACAACAGAAGACGACAGGCCUCGUCCCUCACCGACAAGAUGGAUGUUGUAGGCAUAACAUUCGGUGCUGCUGUGCAUAUGAUGCAGCCUCCCAUGGAAAUGCAAUUGCUCUACCGCCGUGCGAUGGCUAGACGCGAGCCCAAUUUCCCCUCGCUAGUGCACCGCAAAGACCGUGUCUACUUCAAGCAAGGCAUCACGACGUUUUACCCGCUGCCCUGUGACCUGCUGGAGAUUCAUCGUCGCAUUCUGCGCUGCAUGUUGUACAUCAAUGUCUUCGGCGGGCCUAUCUGUGCGCCCAUCUCAGCCCAUAGGUCGCCAAAACGCGUGCUGGAGAUCAGUCUGGCUGCCGGUUUCUGGUCGUCGCAGUGUCGCGACUGGCUAAAUUCUCACAAUGUCUCCUUUCAUGGGCUAGAUCUGCUACCUCAGACACCGGAAUGGAGCCAACUCGGGAUGAACUGGCAUGUGACUCGACAUAACCUGCAGAAAUCGCCCACCCUACCAUUUGAGGACGCAUCUUUUGACUUUGUCUUCAUCCGAGAUCUGGGGUUGUAUGCCCCCACUGCAAUCGCAGCAUCGCUUGCUAAUAUGACCACCCGCUCAAUUCCUUCAACCUCUGCCUCCUUUUCUUCGUCAUCUUCGUUAUCUUCGAUUGCCAGUUCGACAACAUCAUCUCCCGUACUGACAGAAGCGAUGCGAGUGCUAUGCCUAGGGGGCAUUUUGGAAGUUUGGGAUUCUGACUGGGUUUUUCGAUCACUGCUACCACCCAUGCCAGAGGAAAGAUCGGGAGACGCAGAAAGGGGCAAAAAAUAUACACAGAGCCGAAAAAAAGAGCUACAAAUCGCCGGGCAGACGGCAACAUAUGCGUCCAUGCCGACAGCGCGGUUCACCAACCCGGGGAACCGGUUUAUCAAAGAAUACAACAGCUGGGCGCAGAAGGCGUUCGAGAAACAAGGCGUCACCACCCAGCCGUCGACGCAGAUCCAGGCUUUCUUCUUUCGCGACAAAGAAGAGGCGGACCGGCAGUUUGUGCGCGUUGGGACUCGUCGUAUGGCGAUCCCGCUAGGCGAGCUGCCAUGGGAGAACGGCAGGGGGUUAACAGCGAAGCAGUGGGCAAUCCGCCACUCGGCACUGUUGACGGUCGUCCAGAUGAUCGAAGCCAUGGAGCCUCUGCUGAUGGAAGCGAGCGGAAUGAACGAAGAUGAGUUCGGCAGCUGGGCAGGCGCAAUGUCGGGUGACCUCCUGCAGAACCGCGUGUGGAAGACGGCCGAGUGUCUCGAGAUGAGUGCAUGGUGGGGAGAAAAAAGAUGAGUUCACGAAAUUUUGCAUUGAGACACGACGAUCAUGAAUGUACAUAUAUUACGAUUCCCUGGAUCUUCAAAAGAAACAAUCGACGAUUAUGACGGCGAUAAAAACAACCAUCCAUUUUACCCCAGAGUCCGCUGGAAUUCCACCACGGCCAGAUGAUUCACACUCCCAACCUUGAGCCGCGAGAAAUCCUCCUCGACACCAGUCUCAAUGUCCGGGAACGGACCCAUAGGAGUGAUCGCUUUGGGGUUGAUAUCAAAAUGGCUUUUGGUAUACUUUUUUUUUAAGGUCACAGUCAGUCAGGGCAGUGAAUCGACAGCAGGAAUCCGGAAAUGGAAGAAACUUUACAUUCUCCUUGAUGUGUUUGAAAUUUGUCGUCUCCUUGAAGGACUUGACGUUCCAAUACAAAUGCUUCAACCAAUUGUUCAAGACGGGGUAAUCAUGCCGGAUCGUGCCCAG